AUGGAAGCUACUGCAGAUUUGCUCCCUUGUCCUCUCUGGGACACCUCUCCAGAAACCUUGACUGGCCACAGCCCAAUCUUAGACUUGGUCAUGUCUACCCCUGAUCCUAUAACCCCACCACCACCACCACCACCACCACCACCAGUUGCUGACUCCCUCCAACAGCAGUCUCCUGCUCAACCAAUAGAGGGGAAUCCUCCCACCCCUGCACCAACAAACACCAGGCGCCACCUGGACUUCGAGGGCAGCUCCUGGGCCGUCUAUAGCCGUCGGCCCAAAGCGGUCUCACUUCCUGAUCCACCAUCACCUAGACCUUGCACACGAGCUGCCACUCUCAAGGCCCUGGCAUCCCCAGCCAGGCAUCUCCUGCCACGCCCUGCAGUUCAGAAACCACGAAGGAAAGCUAUUCCUGAAAACUUCGUCCCUCGCCGAAGUAAAAGGGUACAAGCUCGUGGUGGAGGACGCUCUGGAGGCCCAACACGCAGCUGCACCAAGGCCAUCCUCAAGAAGCUUGGGAUCUGCGUUGAUGAGGAUGAUCGCGAGGCGCCCACCCCUGCCGCCAUGGAGCGCUAUGAGCGUAUGUUCAGGAAAGUGCUAGGGCGCAACCAGAUUGUUGCCCUUGCUUCCCUCUACGGAUGGGAGGUGCCGUCUGACGAGGAGCUGCAAUCUCACGCUGCAGCUGCUGAAACACCCUUGGUCGUUACAGGUCGUCCGCAUAAUUAG